CUCCCGACUUUCAAAUUCACCCUCUCUUUCUCCCUCUAGAAAUUCUCUCUCUAAAAUGUCUCUGCAAUGUCCGGAGGGAGACGCCCGGGGGACUAGAACUCUUCUCAUCCUCGCACUUUCACUCCUCAUCUGCUUCAACAUCUUCUUUUUCUCUGCAAUACUCUCCAAUCACCACGACAACGAUCUCGACGGAGAUCUCAGUUUCCACAAGGAGAAGUCCUCCGGUUCCAACGGCCGUGACUCGUACUCGCCACCACCGAUCGACGAGAAGGACGUGGUUGUGUUGAGGGAAUCGAAUUUCAGCGACUUUGUAUUGAAGAAUCGGUACGUGAUGGUGGAAUUCUACGCGCCGUGGUGCGUGCACUGCCAGGCCCUGGCGCCGGAGUAUGCGGCAGCCGCGACGGAGCUGAACGGCGAGGCGUUGCUGGCCAAGGUGGAUGCGACGGAGGAGUAUAAGCUGGCGCAGAAGUACAAGAUUGCGGGUUAUCCUACUAUGUUUUUCUUCAUUCAUGGUGUUCACAACCCUUAUUCUGGUCAGAGGACAAAGGAUGCUAUUGUGACUUGGGUGAAGAAGAAGACGUGCCCAAGUAUUGACAAUGUUACGACAAUAGAGGAAGCAGAACGAAUAUUGACUGCUGGAUCAAAAAUAGUCUUGGGCUUCCUUGACGCUUUGGUGGGUCCAGAAAGCAAGGAGCUUGCUGCUGCUUCAGUAUUGGAAGAUGAUGUCAACUUCUAUCAGACUGCUAGUCCUGAUGUGGCUAAGCUUUUCCACAUCAAUCCUCAUUCAAAACGUCCAACUCUGGUCUUGGUGAAGAAGGAGGCUGAAAAAAUUAGCCACUUCAAUAGUCAAUUCACCAAAUCGGCAAUAGCUGAAUUUGUAUUUGAGAAUAAGAUUCCUUUGGUGACCAUCUUUACCAGGGAAAGUGCUCCACUAAUAUUUGAGAAUCCGAUUAAGAAACAGUUGUGGCUUUUUGCUACUUUGAAUGAUUCUGAAAAGUUUAUACCUGCAUUCCAGGAGGCAGCAAAAGCUUUCAAGGGAAAGCUUCUCUUUGUUUACGUGGAAAAGGACAGUGGGGAUGUUGGGCAACUAGAAUCAGAAUACUUUGGUGCUGCUGUAGAUGCUCCUAGAGUCCUAGCAUACACAGGAAAUGAUGAUGCGAAAAAAUUUGUUUUGGAUGGUGAAUUGACCUUGAGCAGCAUUAAGUCAUUUGGAGAGAAUUUCCUAGAAGGGAAGCUUAAGCCUUUCUACAAGUCAGAUCCAAUACCAGAGAAGAAUGACGGAGAUGUAAAAGUAGUGGUUGGCAAUAACUUCGAUGAAAUUGUUCUGGAUGAGUCAGAAGAUGUUCUUCUUGAGAUAUACGCUCCUUGGUGUGGGCAUUGUCAAUCGCUGGAGCCAAUAUACAACAAACUCGCCAAGCAUGUAAGAGGCAUUGAUUCACUUGUUAUUGCCAAGAUGGAUGGAACCACAAAUAAGCACCCAAGGGCCAAGGCUGAUGGCUUCCCUACGCUUCUUUUCUUCCCAGCUGGCAAUAAGAGCUUUGAUCCGAUCACUGUGGACACUGACCAUACAGUUGUGGCAUUCUAUGAAUUCCUUAAGAAGCAUGCUGUUGCAUUGACUACUAAACAUACACAGGAGAAUAAUAAUAUGUUACAAGCAGCAUCGAGUCAUUGACUACUGGUACGUGGACUGCAACACCACAAGGAUGAGCAAGGAGUGUAUUUAAGAUCAUUUUAACUUAGUAAUCCAGAGAAGAAACUACAUUCUCACAUGAAGGAAAGUAUUUGCAGUUCUUGAUGAGGAAGAAAACUGACAAUACCCCCAUUUGGGAGCACUUCUGGUCAUUGAAUCCUCCUUUGUACAAGUGAGACUGUGAAAAUAAAUUGACAGGAAACCAUAUUUUACAAAGCAGCCUUUUAGUUUAUAAGUUUGUAGUUUCGUCUGAAUCUUACGGGAAACGAAGCUGAUCCUUCACGCCGUAUCAAAUGACAGUGUUAAAUAGUUAUUUGAAAUAAGUUACAGAAGAAGAUAGAUUAAAAAAACUGCACAAUUAUAUGCUUCAUCAUAACAUCUCUCAUUUUGGCUAGAAUUGAAUUUUUAUUUUUAUAUUCAUGUUUUGGUUCAUUGUAUUUGAUGCUUAUCCCUUCUCAUUCUAUCCAAUUCGAAGAGUCACUGCCUUUUUUAGAUGAUCA